AUGGACAACAACAAAAACGAUGAGGUUUUUCUCAGUUUUGACCACAGGGAUUCAUCAGUCUCCUCUUUCAUCAGCUACCUCAUCGCUGCUUUUAACCGGCAAGGGAUAUCUGCGGUCUUUGAUGGUAAAAGCAGCCAUGUUGAAGCUGUUGAAAGGGAGGAGGAGGAACGAUUCUCCAAAUUAAAGGUCUUUGUGGUGGUUUUUUCCGAUAACUAUGUGUCUCAUGUGCCACGCUUGGAAAAACAUUUAUACUCAUGCCGUAAUAACGACGACUUUGUGGUGGUUCCGGUAUUCUAUCGCGUCAGUACAUGGUCCGUGAAGCAACAUAUCGAAAACUCUUGUGAUGUGUAUGAGGCGGUCCAAAUAUCGAUGCCUAAAUUGCGACGAGGCCAUGAAUAUGAUGGUACAAAAACUGAAUGUGAAUUUCUAGAAGAGAUCGCAAGAGAUGUAUUUGAGGAACUCUAUCCAACAGAAGAGAUUGGGAUCCAAUCAUCAGUACUAAAGAUAGAAAGAUUGCUGUGCAAACAACCAUGGGGCGUUCGCAGCAUAGGACUUUUUGGUGAGGCUGGCAUUGGGAAGACAACUCUGGCUAGAGCCGUCUUUCGCCGAAUGUCUGGUGGCUAUGAUGAUUCUUGCUUCAUCAAAGAUUUUCAAACAGAAUAUUCUGAGAAGAGACUUGAGUAUUUGCCUACUGAAUACUUCGGUAAGACUCCAAUGGAAAAGUUUGACCUAAAUAGUUCUGGCUCAGUACCAAGCUACCGCAAGAAAAGGGUUCUUGUUGCUCUGGACGAUGUGGGAAAAUCUCGAGACGCAAAGUCAUUUCUUGGUGGAUUUGAUAGAUUUAGUCCAGGGAGUCUGAUCAUCAUAACCUCCAGAUCUAAAAAAGUUCUUCAGGAGUGCCAUAUGAAUGAGAUUUAUGAGGUAAAAGGUCUAAGCGAUAAAGAUGCUCUGAAGCUAUUCACAAGGUGUGCCUUUGGGAAAGAUGAUACAGAAGAAAAUCUUUCGGACCAUUCAUCAAUGAAAGCAAUUAAAUGUUGUGAUGGGAAUCCUUCUGCUCUUCGCUCAUAUGCCAAGGAGUUUAUGGUCAAGGCAACAACAAAAAUGGAACCAGCGUUGCCUGAUGCUUGCGAAGUAGUUAUAACCGGCCACAUAGUAUCUUGUGACAUUGUGAAGAACACAUAUGUGUGCACAAUCCCCUGUAAAGAAGAUGAUGAAAUGCAAGAAAAGAAGGAGUCCCCAUCAGAUCACAAUGAUGUUUUGGCUACAACGGAUACUAUAGUUCUUACCGGCCUCAUCACGAGAGAUACUAGCGACCGAUGGUUUUACCGAUUGGAUUAUGACUCCGUGAAAUCCUUGUUUAAACACUUAUGUCGAAAGCGCCAUAUUUUACACCAAAGAUUGGCUAGACAACUUCAGAAGUUCUUGCAACGGUUCUCGAACACAAGUGACCACGAUCUGCCAGAACUUCUCCUAAAUUUCUCUGAUGGUGAUAUAAAAGUUGUACGAAAGAAAAAUAUAAUUGAAUCGUACGCGGCAUUAGUGCCGUAG